UUGUAAGCAGUACAACCAGUAUUCAGAACUCACACUCUGCAGGGUUCAAUAAGUAAAAGGAGGGACUGAUAUUUUCUCCCGUUAUUUGAAAUAUAUAUAUAUGCUUCACGAUUAAAUCGCAGAUGCGGUUUUAAACCGCUAUUAAUCGCUGCAGUUUUAAAACCGCGAGAGUACGCGAUUUUUUGGGGAAAAAAAUACUCUGUUCGUCAUGAAAACAGAGGCGGAGAGGGAGGAUGAGAGGUGAACCAGUGAUCGACCGUGGGCGGACCUGAGAAUGCAGACGAAACGGCCAUUUUGGAAAAGAUUGCAGAGUGUGUGUGGAAGCAUUCAUCUGGGAGUGGUGUGGUGGUUGUCAAGCGAUGGUGUGGCGGUGGGACAGCUCAAAGUUGUGAGCAAUAAAAGCACAAAGUUAUCAUUGUGGGACUUGACAAUGCAGGAAAAACCACUAUACUUUAUCAGUUUUUAAUGAAUGAAGUAGUUCAUACAUCUCCAACAAUAGGAAGCAAUGUGGAAGAAAUAGUUGUUAAGAAUACUCAUUUUCUAAUGUGGGAUAUCGGGGGACAAGAGUCGCUGCGAUCGUCAUGGAACACUUAUUACUCAAACACAGAGUUUAUAAUCCUGGUUGUCGACAGUACAGACCGAGAGAGGCUGUCAAUCACAAAAGAAGAACUCUACAGAAUGUUGGCUCAUGAGGUAUCCUUUUGUAGGAGGAGUAACAAUGCACUACUGGGAGCUAGCUGUAUAUAUCAGGACUUGCGGAAGGCAGCGGUUCUUAUCUACGCAAACAAACAGGACAUGAAAGGGUGCAUGACAGCAGCAGAUAUUUCUAAAUACCUCACCCUUUGUUCUAUAAAGGAUCAUCCAUGGCAUAUCCAGUCCUGCUGUGCCCUUACAGGAGAGGGACUGUGCCAAGGCCUAGAGUGGAUGACUUGCCGAACUGGAGUGAGAUAAAUUCUUCCACACAAAAAACUUCUAUUUAUUCAGUGAACUUGAAGAGUUUAUAAUCCUUUUGUGUACACUAAGGCAUCACCAUGCUUAAUUUAUAACAAAAACAAACCUCUCUCUCUCUGAGCCACACUUGAAUCAAGUGCAGCUAUACUGAAAAGAACUAUUUUCAAAUGCACCACAGAAGACCUCAUUGAAGAACAAGUUUUAUGGAUUUAUCAAUUGCAUACUUACAAUUGGAGCAUCUGAGCAAUCCCCAUACACUGUUGAUAUUUUUAGAGCAGUUUUUUUCAAUCCUAGGUCAAUAUUUUAAAUGUAUUUUUAGGAAUGUCUUUGUUGUCUGUCACAUAGGGCAAUAGAGAGAGGGUACAAGGGUACUGUUAAUCCACACGCAGUUUAAUUAAGUCAAAUUCCUUUUGUAAAUUCGCAUUUAAAGUUAUUGGACAGCAUUUCAAUUCAGAAAAUGAAACUUAAAAUCUCAUACAUGUAAUAAUUUUACUAUUGUAUGUGAUGUUUUUAAAUGGUGAUCUAUCUAGCCCUCUGGUUUUCAAACCUGUCCUCAGACCUCCCUAACAGGCCACGUUUUGUGGAUAUCUGUACUGAUUAGUAAACAUUUUUAUUUUGCCUGCUCUCAUCUAAGGUAAUCCUGAAAACUUGGCCUGUUGGGGAAGCUUCGGGGCAGGUUUGAAAACCAGUGAUCUAGCCUCUUAUUUCCUUCAUUCGCACUACUUUAUAGACUAUUCCUGGAGGAGACAGUUUAAGGGUUUCUCAUAUGUUUUUAAACCUUUUGACCUCCUUUAUGAAGACAAAGGGCUAUGGGGUUAUAAGCAGUGUCUGCCUUCUGUGUGGAAGUAUGGCAAGAAACAAAGCACAAAAAAGCAAAUUGUAUUUUGUCCUUCCACUCUCAACAAGCGUGGGCACUUUACUUCCCCACAGGGGUCUUGUCCUACUCUGCUUUUCCUCUAAAUGAUCUCAAGUGGUUUAGUAGUGUCUGUUUUCAUUUAAAGACAUAUACUACACCUCUGUUUUUUUUUGCAUUAUACCUUUUAUUCCAGUAUACUUUAACAGGCUGAUUGCUAACUUUAUUAUGUAUAGGGAUAUAUUCUCUUUGUAGCAGGUAAUAGACCAAUUGUUUUAAUAUUUACUAUAGUCUUAGCUUUUACUUCAUCACAUUGUAAUGUUUAGAAACUGCCCUCUGGUUUUAAUUGUGUUUUUUUUUUUUUUUUUUGCUGAUGCUUCUCAAAUCGAUUUGGGUGCUAAAUCUUAAACUUUUAAACCGUUACAUUUUAUUUUUGUUAAUUGGUCUUCAGUUACUAGAGUUUAGCUAUUGUUGCUUAUAACCCAACUGAAGCUUUUCAAACCUCUUACUCAUUUAUUGGUUCUAAGUGUAAUUUUGUUUAUUGACUUGAAAAAUAUAAUAGGUCAGCUUUUUCAUUAUA